AUGGCAUCGAGCUCUGAGCACGGCUUGUCACAGGCUACUCGUUCGCAAAUUACAGAUGACGAGAGAUGGACUUUCGCUGACGAAACAGAUUCUUCUCCUGAUAUUGAAAGGCCCUCGGUUCCUCUCCCUACGGCGGCCAACUCAGUGCCAAUUGAUGGCGAAAUUACUUAUCCCGAAGGGGGUUGCGAUGCCUGGUUAGUGGUUCUAGGUGCUUGGUGUGGUUUAACCGCAUCGUUAGGUAUUUAUAAUACAGCCGGAGUAUUCGAGGUCGUCAUCUCGGAAUCUAUAUUACCCGGAGAAUCUUCCUCUACGCUCGGCUGGAUAUUCUCAAUCUAUGCUUUCGUGAACUGGAUCUGUGGAGUACAAAUUGGACCAACUUUUGAUGCGAUGGGUCCUCGUGGAUUGCUCAUUGCAGGAACUAUUUGCACACUCAUUGGAAUCUUCGCGCUUAGUUUUUGUACAGAAUACUAUCAGAUCGUUCUAUCAUUCUCCAUACUGACUGGUAUCGGCUCAUCUCUUCUCCUCACCCCAUCCAUGGGCUGCGUUGCUCAUUGGUUCAUGGAGCGUCGCGGUCUCGCUAGCGGCAUAGCAUUUGUAGGAGGUGGUUUUGGUGGCGUUCUAUUUCCCCUCAUGAUACAGUCACUCCUCCCUCAAGUUGGGUGGGAAUGGUCGAUUCGGAUUCUCGGGUUUGUGCUGCUUGUACUUUGCGCCAUGAACGUGACAUUUUGCCGAAGUAGAGUUCCACCUCGUAAAGGAGCUACAACUACUUGGCGAGAUACAUUACCGGACCCACAGAUCUUCAUGGACGGAACAGGAGCCAUGGCUAUUACCACUACUGGAGUCCUGCAUACUAAUUUCAAGAUGUUGAACUAUAGUUUGACAGAUCUGGCAUAUUUCAUACCCAUCACAUAUAUGCCAAGCUACUACAUCGAUCGACAACAUCUGUCUCAAGAAGAGGCCUUGACUGGAUCAGCGGCAUUUGCAUAUCGACUUCUUGCGAUCCUCAAUGCUGCUUCAUGCAUUGGCCGAUGCAUAGCGGGCGACCUGGCCGAUCGAUUUGGACGAUACAAUACUAUGAUUGUCUCAUUGUUCCUCUGCACAAUAUCAGUUCUAUGUUUUUGGUUACCAGACGUACUCCUACUCAACCUAAGUAAUGACGCGCUCUUAGUGAUCUUUGUGCUACUAUUUGGAUUUGUUAGUGGUUCCAAUGUCAGUUUGACACCAAUUUGUUUAGGCCAGCUCUGCGAAACUCAAGAAUACGGGCGAUACUACGCAAGCUGCUUUACGGUAGUAGCUUUUGGUGUGUUGGGAAGCAUCCCUAUCGCUGGGGGCCUUCUUGAUGUGGUAGAGGCUACAGGCAAAGAAAGGUAUUGGGGCGCCGCUCUUUUCACCGGACUUAGCUAUGUGGCUGCCCUACUGUGUUUUAUAUGGGUCAGGAUCAAAGUAAAGGGGUGGGGUUGGAGGACAAAGUGGUAG